AUGGCCUCCGCGCUGGCUGUGGACUCGUGCGUGGACUUCUCGGCGUGGCUGAAGGCGCAGGGCGUGAAUGCCGAGGUAGCCCGGGCCAUAGACUCUGAGCUCGGCAUCCGCGACUACGGAGUCCUGCGCGCCUGCGUGGGCGACGGCCACGUCCGCGCCGAGCUUCUGGCCGCGGCGCGCGACCGCCUGCCCUUCGGCUUCUACGCCGUGCUGCGCCAGUUCGUGCGCUCGCUGCACCUGCCGGAGGCCGAGGGGCCGCGGUCAGAGACGGCGCUGGGCGACCUGCUGGACGUGCUGGUGGUGCUGUUCGGCGGACUCGGCCGGGAGCUGCUGCUCUCCGCGCAGAAGCUGGGGGAGUUGGACGGCGGCCGGACGACCCCGCAGACGGAGAGGUUGAGGAGCACCACGACGGAGGAUAACCGCGGUGAAGCGGACGAGCGUAAACUCUCAAGUAACAUUAACUGCGCAGAGUUUGGAAACUUUGAACCCCCCUCAUCGGCUCAGGCUUUCGAAGCUCCUGAGUGGACCAACCCGGCUGCGGGUGAAGACGACGUGCUGACCUCAUCCAUGGAUUGCGCAAACGCAAACCACCUGUGGAACAGAAUUAAGCUGGAACAAGUUGAAGCCGUUUCUUCCUACGAGUCUCUGAGAGCGAUGGGCGCAGAGAAGCCGUUCCCGUGCGAGGAGUGUGGCCGGAGCUUUGCCAGCCCUGCCGACCUCAAAAAGCACGCGGUGGUCCACGCGUCAGGCCGCUGGCCCCACUUGUGCGACGCCUGCGGAAAGUGCUUCUCCAAGGCAUCGCACCUGACGCGCCACUGCAGGACGCACACGGGCGAGCGGCCCUACGAGUGUGACCUCUGCGGCAAGGCCUUCUCCCAGGUGCCCAACCUCAAGAGGCACCGGAGGACCCACAGCGGAGAGCCGCCCGUGGCGCCGUGCGCUGACUACGACGGGGGAUUCUCGCGCGGCCCGCAGCUGGUGGCGCACCGGUGGCUGAAGCACGGCAAAGGCGGCACACCAUCACCGCCGCUGCCAUCAACGUCGUAUGGAGACGGUAGUCGCGAGGAUUAAAACGGAGACUGCCCUCCGCGCAUCUUACAUGUCCGCCGGCUUUCGUCAAUAAAGC